UCAUCAUCAUCAUCAUCAUCUGAAGCCAACGGCACCUUGGCCGAACAUCACCCUCAAAACACCACAACCUCUACUCACCUUCCGCCAAUCCAAACCACCACCAUUAACAACCUCAACAGAGAGGAAUUUUCCGGUGAAAGGAUGGAUGGUUUACUUGAUAAUGAGCUAUCAUUUGAACAUAGCCAACCAAGUGAUGCAACAAAUGAUAUUGAGGAAAGGAUUGAAGAACAACAAAGAAAUUGGAAGGAUAUGGAAACAGAUUGUUUGAUCAAUGUGCUUGGAAGAGUGGGCAUGGAGUCACUGCUGUUGUAUGUACCUUUUGUGUGCAAGUCAUGGCAUAGAGCCAGCCUUAAUCCUAUGUGCUGGAAGACUCUGAUUUUUCCUAAAAUUAAAGAUGAUCGGUUUGAUUUGGAUUAUACAUUUCGAGAAAGAUUGAUGGAUACAUAUCAAAUUAAGAAAUUCUCUGUUACCGCAUUCAUAAAGUCCAUAGUGGAUCGAAGCCAUGGAAAUGCUACUACCCUUUUUCUCCCAGAAGGCUGUUCAGAAGAGGCAUUGAAGUAUGUUGCAGAUAAGUGUUCUGCCUUAAAACAACUGGGCCUACCUGCCGACAUACGCUUUGAGCAGUCACUCGCUAUUCAAGAGCUGAUAGAGAAGUCCAAGAACUUGGAGUACUUGUUGCUUCGAAGUUUCUUCAAUUUGAAGGAGGUCCUUGCCCAGGUCAGCCUCAACUGCCAUAACCUUUUGGGGUUAGGUAUCUUUAAUGCCUUAAUUAAGGAAGAUGAGGCUAUGGCAAUUGUCACUUUACUCCCAAAGAUUACACACCUGUUUCUUAGAGGUGCACAUAUGUACCAAGAGAAUUUAGUGACAAUAUUGCAAGGCUGCAAGCAACUUGUCCAUUUAGAUGUCCGCGACUGCAUAGGCUUUGACGAGGAUGAUGAUGAGAUAUUAAAGUUAGCUUCAUUCAUCACUAAAUUCAAGUGCGAGGGUUCAACACUUUAUGACUAUGACGACUACCCUUGGCCAGUUGAUAAUGACACAGACUACUCUGAUUAGGCGUAGUUUGGUGCUGUUUGGCUUGAAAUAUAUAUAUGUAAAUACACAUGCGUUUGAAAACUGUUGUAAGAAAAUGUUGUGUAGAAGUAUAGUGUGAGAUUUUUAAGUAUUUGACAUUAUUGUAAAAAUGAUAUCAAGACUUUGCCUUCGGUGGCUACCAUUGAUACAGAGUCUUGU